CUGGUCUUGCAGCUUCUUUUUACAGGGGUAACAAGAUCUCACAGUGGGAGUCAACUACUGUGUGCAGUUAUUUGCAACAUAAUGAACAGUAGAAAGACGUUUCCUGGAGGAGGGUCUGAGAAGAAUGCCAGUCCAUUUGCAGUUCAUCUGUACCGGAGUAGAGAGAAGGCUCUGCAGGGGCGGAAACUGCUGUAAACGAGGAUGCCGAGUAUCAAGUUUCAGAGUGGGGACACAGUAAUGGGCCGCUGGCCCGGCAGCAGCCUGUUCUACGAGGUCAAGGUACUGGGCUACGAUGCCAAGAAUCAGCUCUACACUGUUAUCUACAAGGACGGCACCGAACUGGAGCUCAGAGAGGCUGACAUGAAGAAUCCCACUGGGUUCAAACCAAGCCGUCGCUCUCGAUCUCGUUCACGCUCCCCGUCGCGGCGGCGCAGUCGCUCCCGUAGCCCAGCCAGGACCACCAGGCGCUCCUCGUCACGCACUGUCAGCGGCACCUCCAUCGCGGAGACCCACAAUGCACGCAAGGAGCCCAAACUGAAAGAAGUGCUGGAGGUCAGACUCGUUCCUGUGGCAAAGCCAAUUGAGAACAAUAUCAACAAUAAGCAUGAAAUGACAGAGGAGAAUGAUACUGCUAACAAAGUCAAUGAGAAGCCUGCAGAGGUGGAGCCAGAGAAGAAAGUAGUAGAGAGCCGCUACAACUUGAGACGCAGGAAGGAUGACGGUGAUGCCAAGCCAGCCGAGCAUACGGAGGAGGUUGAGCAGAAGCCUGCAGUAGCCACAGCCCCCAUCACCACUGAGCUGGAGUUUGGUGGGAGGCUAGGAGUGUUCUGCAUGACUCUGCUCCUGCCUGUGACUGUGUUGGGCCUGAUGGUGGUUUGCAGUCAGGAGGAUGCUAGCCUGAUGAGCUCCCCCCCUCUACCUGCCCUUGACUCUCUGUGGGACCUACAGGUGUUUGGCAUGGUGGUCCUCUGGUUGCUCUUCCAGGCCCUGCUCUACGUGCUGCCUGUUGGAAAGGUUGUGGAAGGAAUGCCCCUGAGGAAUGGAGAGAGACUGAAAUACAGAAUGAACACCCUCUAUGCCUUUGUGCUGACGGUGGCUACCCUGGGGGCUGCAGUGCACCACAAGAUAGACCUCAGCUACAUCCACAGCCACUUCCUCCAGCUGGCUGUGUCUUCCCUGCUCUGCUCUGUCCUACUUAGUGUCUACCUGUAUGUCCGCUCUCGCUGGGCAACCCAGGACCUGCUGGCCCCUGGAGGAAACUCUGGGAGUGUUAUUUAUGACUUUUUCAUGGGAAGUGAACUUAACCCCCGGAUCAAAGGCUUUGAUCUCAAAUACUUCUGUGAACUGCGCCCAGGAUUGAUUGGUUGGCUGGUGAUCAACGCUGCCAUGGCUCUGGCUGAGAUGCAACUCCACCACCUGGACUACCCCUCACCAGCCAUGAUCCUGGUCAACUGCUUCCACCUGCUAUAUGUGCUUGAUGCCUUCUGGCAUGAGGAGGGCAUCCUGAGCUAUAUGGAUAUUACCCAUGAUGGGUUUGGCUUCAUGCUGGCAUUUGGAGACUUAAUGUGGGUCCCCUUCACCUUCAGCCUCCAGGCCUACUACCUGGUUCACCACCCCAAUCACCUCUCACUGCCCUGGAUCGUAGGCAUCGUCACUCUCAAUGUCAUUGGAUUUAGCAUCUUCCGUAAAGCAAACUCACAGAAAAACUCCUUCAGAAGAAAUCCAUCAGACCCCACAUUAUCCCAUCUGAAGACUAUCCCUACUGCCACUGGGAAGAGUCUCCUGGUAUCUGGUCUGUGGGGGCUAGUCCGUCACCCCAACUACCUGGGUGACCUUAUCAUGGCUCUGGCAUGGUCCCUACCCUGUGGGUUCACUCACAUCCUGCCAUACUUCUAUGUGAUCUACCUAUCCAUCCUACUGGUUCACCGGGAGGCCCGAGACGAGGCCCAGUGCAGGAGGAAGUACGGCUCGGCGUGGGAUGACUACUGCCGAGAAGUCCGCUACCGCAUCAUCCCCAGAGUCUACUGAGGCCUAUGCCACCCCUGCCCCCAUGCCACGCCCUUCAAUUCUGCAAGCUUACGACUCAUCACAUGGCUGCAUGAGUUCACUAAGAAAAAACAAGUUGUUUGGAAAUUAGCUUGAGGACAUUUGAAUUUUGGAAAGGGGGACACUUGGAAGUACCACGAGCAGCUUUCUUUUGAAGUGGUUUUAGGGAGGUAAACACUCCCUGGCCGGCUGAAUUUGGUUUAUGCCUUUGUUUAGAGAGAAACAUUUGAAAAAAUAAGCCUCAUAAUCUAGUGAAGUGAUGUGUAUAUAUUUUUGUACAUAUACAUUUUUUUAACUGAAAGAUACCUAACAACAUUGCAUAUUUGGUUUGUGUUAGUGUUCUUUGCUCCCAUAUUCGACGUAUACAAUAUUUUCUUGGCUUUUAUUUUGAGGUAUUUUGUAAUGAUAUCUUUGGUAUACAUUACUUGUGUAUAUUGUGAAUGAUGGGAUUUAAAUGCUCUUUUUUUCCACUGUACAGUUGACAUAGGACUAUAACGUUCUCCCUCAGGAUCACGACGUUGUCACAAAAUUGCAUUUAGGUUUUAAUUUAUAUAUAUUUUUAUAUAGAGAUAUGUAGCCUAGUGUUAACUGAGAGUGUAAAAAAAAAAAUUGGGUGGUUUUAAAUGCAUUAUGCGAGAUUGCAUUUUAUAACCGAAGUCUAUUUGUCUUUGCUACAUCAGGUUCUGUCAUUCCUCCCCAGUCCUCUGGAUGGUGGUGUUGCUUAGUGUUCCUGUGAUCGUCACAGUCACUGUUUCAGAGGGAAGACAACCCAUCUGUUAUCAAAUAUACAUACACAUAAUCUUAUUUAAAACCAUUAAAAUGUGCAAGGGUGCUUACAGACAGUAUCCAUUCAAGCAUCACAAACCUUAAGUUAUUCAAGACCAUACUAUUUUUUAAAGGUGUCAAUAAUGACAUGAUUUUUUAAAAAUGUUCCUUUUUAUUUUAUUUGAGGAUUUUAACCAAGUUUAUACUGUGACAUUCUGCACAAUGCUGUGUAGUAUGGUGGCCUUCUGGCAACAUUGGUGUUUUAUCCUGUGCAUUCUCAAACCCAAACAAGUAUUUUUGGACCCAGCUGUAGAUGAACAGAAUAUGUGGCAUUUUAUGUGACUGAAUGCAUUGUACAUAUUCUAAAUUAGUUUUUUUAAGUAAAAUAUUCAAGUUAAUGGUAGUAAUCAUAGCUAUUAUGUUCCACAAGUAGAUAUUUAAAGUUUACAUUUGAUUUUAACUUUUGUUUUUAAGUUAAUUGCCUGAAUUACCAUUGUAGCCAUUUUUGUUUACAGCUAGAUCUGCCGUUAUUACUGACUCAGUCAUCUGAGAAGAUUACUUGUGAUUUGAGUCAUUUAUCAUGAACUAUUUCUCAUUGAGCCACGUUCUGUACCCAACCCCUGUGUUUGUGGCGGAUGGGACUGGUAAUAUCCUGUUUUGGUCAGCUGGUAGUUUGUCAAAGCUAAAAGUUGGAAGUAACUAAGAAUUUGGAAGAAGACCCAAGGUUUUUGAAUCAUUAAAUUCUGGUGGAGACAGAUUUAACCUGUAACAGUGGCUGGAAAGCUUGUAUUGUACAAACAUUUUGGCAAAAAAAUAAAGAUUUCCACUUACAUUA